AUGACUUUGGAUAGGGAUGAUCCCCUCCCCCCCAGCCCCGAUUUGUUCCCUUUUCCCACCGCCGGGCAGGAUGGCGAGGCCAAGGUGGAGUACCGGGCCUGGAACCCUUUCCGCUCCAAGCUGGCAGCCGCCAUCCUGGGGGGCAUCGACCAGAUCCACAUCAAGCCAGGCGUCCGUGUGCUGUACCUGGGCGCUGCCUCAGGCACCACUGUCUCCCAUGUCUCCGACAUUGUGGGCCCCGAGGGCCUGGUCUACGCUGUGGAGUUCUCCCACCGCUCCGGCCGUGACCUCAUCAACGUGGCCAAGAAACGCACCAACAUCAUCCCUGUCAUAGAGGAUGCCCGGCACCCCCACAAGUACCGCAUGCUGAUUGGCAUGGUGGAUGUGAUCUUUGCCGAUGUGGCGCAGCCUGACCAGUCCCGCAUUGUCGCCCUCAACGCACACAACUUCCUGAAGAACGGCGGCCACUUUGUUAUCUCCAUCAAGGCUAACUGCAUUGACUCAACGGCGGCGCCCGAGGCCGUGUUUGCGGCCGAGGUGAAGAAGAUGCAGCAGGAGAACAUGAAACCACAAGAGCAGCUCACACUGGAGCCCUAUGAGCGUGACCACGCUGUGGUGGUGGGCAUCUACCGGCCUCCCCCCAAGGCGAAGAAGUAGCACCUCCAUGGACCCCACCCUCCUCGCUGCCCCGCCACCGAGGCGCUAUCCAAGGAACCCAGGAGUUCGGGGGGGGCCCAGCCCCAGGGUGGUUUGGGUCCCCCCUUCCCCAAUUUUUAUUCUUUUUUGACGUUUCCAGAUG